GUAACCCUGGGUGGUCUACCACUCGCUGUGGAGGAUAUUAACAAAGAUCCCACUCUACUGCCCGGCAAACGUUUGACCUUCAAAGCCUACGAUAUUGGCCAAAAGGCAAGCGAUUAUCGUGUACAACCAAUUAGAAUUAUGACACAAAUGAAAAAUGAUAAUAUUGCUGCUUUUAUUGGACCAGAUGAAAGUUGCACUACCGAGGCGUUGUUGGCGGCGGCUUGGAAUAUUCCAAUGAUAUCCUUC